GCGGCCCAUUUACCUGCACACGUCCAUACCCAGUAAGUGAGACUUGUCGUCCAUUCUGAAGUCCGGCGGCGGCGGCAGCGGCGAGGGCGAGGCCUCUGCGACUUCCAGAUCUCCCCGACGAGGAGGAAGUCUCUACAGCGGAGGGGAGGGAGAUGUCGUACAUGCGGGGUGACCUGCUGACGAGGAUGCGUAAGCUGGUGAAGGGCCUCGCCAGGCCCGAGCCCCGGUGGCUCAAGGCCUUGGAACGGGCUCCGCCAGUGACAUUUCCUCGCCCAGAGGGGAAGAUCAAGACUCUGGUGCUUCCUGAGGAUGUGUAUGUCACGAAGUUCAACAGAAUACAUCCAGAUUCGCUUUACCAUGAUGCAAUCAAGAUAAGUGGAUUUGAUCCACCGCCAGCUCGAGUGUUUGCUUGGCGUGUCCUGGAGUUGAAAGAGCAAGGAGUCGAUGAAGAUGUUGCGAUGGCUGUAGCAGAUAACGAGUACCGGACAGAGAAGAAGGCAAAGAAGAAAGCGUACAAGGAGCUGAAAGAAAUCGCCCGCAGCGAAGGGAGGAAGCCACCUCCGAAUCCAUACCCGAGUGCCAUAAAGGAAAUACAAGCGGAGGAAAAGAAGUAUGUCAUGGACCGUUUGCAUAACCCGAAGGUAAUCGAGAUUGCGAACAAGAUGAAGGAGGAGCGAGACAGGAUGUUGAGGGAUAGAGCAGCAGGUCAGCGGUAGUCGUAGCAGCAGGUAAUGUUUGGACUGGCCGACUGGGUGUUGUCGUUUACGACAUGGGCCAACUGGCGUCAUAAAUAAUGGUUGUUGGAGAUUGAUAUGGCAAA